AUGCCAGAACAUAGCGUCUCUAAAGUCUACGCCGAUGCCAAUGAAAAAAAAGACAAAGAAUACUGGGAUUAUGAUAAUGUAACGCUAACAUGGAAUUCUCCUGAACAAUAUGAAAUAACAUCUAAAAUAGGCAGGGGAAAAUACUCAGAGGUGUUCGAAGGGUACAAGAUCCCACAAGGAUCGAAGGUUGUGAUAAAAGUUCUGAAACCCAUUCGGCGUAAGAAAAUAAAACGAGAGGUGAAGAUUCUUCAAAACCUUCUAGGUGGACCCAAUAUAAUUUCCCUUUUAGAUACUGUUAGAGACUCCGUUUCCAAAACACCUGCACUAAUAUUCGAAUCAGUAGAUAAUAUCGACUUUAGAACCCUGUAUCCCACAUUUUCUGAUCUUGAUGUGCGGUAUUACAUGUUUCAGCUACUGAAGGCUUUAGAUUUUUGUCAUUCAAUGGGCAUAAUGCAUCGAGAUGUCAAACCACAUAAUGUUAUGAUUGACCAUAAGCAGCGGAAGCUGAGGUUGAUAGAUUGGGGGUUAGCAGAAUUUUAUCAUCCUGAGACGGAGUAUAAUGUGCGUGUGGCUUCUCGUUAUUUCAAAGGCCCCGAACUUCUAGUGGACUUUCGUUAUUACGACUAUUCAUUGGAUCUAUGGUCAUUUGGAGCCACUUUAGCAUCAAUGGUGUUUAUGAAGGUGCCGUUUUUCCAUGGUAAGUCAAACACAGAUCAACUGGUUCAAAUUGUACGUGUCCUAGGCACUGAAGAUUUAUACAAGUAUCUUGAGAAAUAUAAGCUUACUCUCGGGGAAGAAUACGAGGCUCUAAGCUAUUUUGUGAAAAGACCUUUGGCUCGUUUUGCAAACGAUGAGAAUGCAAAAUACGUUUGCAAUGAAGCUAUUGACUUGCUAGACAAACUACUGCGUUAUGAUCACCACGAACGGCUAACAGCAAAGGAAGCUAUGGAACACAGUUAUUUUGAUCCGAUUCGUGAAAUGGACCCAGUGCCUUAG